AUGGCGACCACCACGCAGCAGGAAAAACAUGUCUCCCUCUCGAGCACAUCUUCGCUGUCUAGCCUCGACGAGAAGCGCGCGACGACAAUCACGACUUCCACGAUGGCGGCUAGUCCUGACGCCAUCGCCGACCCGGAGAGUCAGCUCGAGGUCGAGCCUGCCUGGAAGCCAUCGAAGCAGGUCAAGCUGAUCGUUCUCGGGCAAUGUCUGGUGGUCUUCACUAUCUCGCUGGACAUGACCAUUUUGACUGCAUCACUGCCGGCAGUCUCACGCGCACUCAACGCUGAUGCGACUUCGACGUUCUGGAUUGCCUCUUCCUACUUGCUCGCAAAUGCCGUCGUUCAGCCGAUCAUGGCGGCGCUCGCCGAUAUCUUUGGCCGCCGUGGGACCAUCUGCACCGCUGUGGCACUCUUCACAAUUGGUUCCAUCAUCUGCUGCGCCGCAAACAAUGUCGCCGGCAUGCUCGCUGGACGCACGAUUCAAGGAAUAGGUGGCGGAGGUAUCCUCAGUAUCAACUUGAUCAUCAUGAGCGAUCUGAUCCCUCUCCGUGCUCGUGCAAAGUAUAUCAGCUUGCAGCAAUUCGUUGUCUCGAUCGGAUUCAAUAUCGCACCAGUUAUUGGCGGUGCACUUGUGAACGCAACGACAUGGCGAUGGCUCUUCUACAUCAACCUUCCCUUCUGCGCCAUCGCACUCGCAAUUGUCCCCUUCGUGCUUCGCUACCAGAGACCAGAGAGCACCAUCCAGGACAAGCUCAGCUCCGUAGACUGGAUCGGCUCAGGCGCCUUCAUCACCGGCAUGACUGCGUUCCUCGUCGGCGUCACUUGGGGCGGAAGCCAAUAUCCCUGGACCAGCGCCGCCACUCUUGUGCCCAUGAUCCUCGGUCUCGCCAUCGUGUUCGUGACCGGGCUCUACGAACGGUGCUUGGCAAAAGUUAGCUUCCUUCGAUUGUCACUGUUCCGGUCCUGGUCGGCCGUCAGCAUCUACUUCUGCAGCGUGCUUCAGGCCAUGUGCCUCUUCACAGAAGUCUACUUCCUUUGUCUCUGGCUCAUGAGCGUGAAAAUGUACAGCGCCACCGACGCAGGCGCAUACAUCCUCGCCUUUGGCCUGGUUUGCGUACCCGUCAGCGGAAUCGUCGGUCCGGUCAUCGUCCGAGUAGGAAGUUAUCGCUGGGCAAUCUGGGCAGGCUGGGUCCUCAACACAAUGGCGAUCGGACUUCUCACACUCCUCGAUGCUGAUAUCUCAACUUACGCUUGGGUCCUCCUCUUUAUCACCGCUGGCCUUGGACAAGGAAUCCUCUUCAUCGCACACAGCGUCGCUUCGCAAGCUGCUUGCCAACAAAAGGAUGCAGGACACGCCAUGGCAAUGUACAGCUUCAUGCGAUCUCUCGGUCUUUGCUUUGGCGUCGCUCUCGGCGGAACGAUCUUUCAGAAUUUCUUGCAGCAUCGUCUGACAGAGCUCGGCCUACCAGAAGCUAUUGCCAAGAACUCCGAAGGCUUCGCUCACCUGUUGCACACCAUGGCAGACAGUGAGCAGAAGAGGACCAUCCUCGGUGCCUACGCGUGGGCUUUCCAGAAACUGUUUGCAACGAUGUGUGGUAUUAGCGGUGUUGGACUUAUCGUGGCUGUCGUACUUAUCAAAGGCCACUCGUUGAAUCAGAAAUUGGAAAGUGAGCACGUGUUGAAGCGCGGAAACACACGGAGGAAAAGCAUUGAGAGUUUUGUGGCUCCAGUAUAG